AUGUCAGAUUUCCCAGCAUCAGAUACCGCAUCUCCACAAGUCGUUCCCGUUUCCCAAUCCGGAUACCAGCUCUCGACUCAGCCCUACCCCUACGAGAACCUCGUCCUCGCCGACUGCGGCAUCGGCCUCGGCGUCAACGGUGGCUCAACAUCCCGCGAGAUGAUCUACUACUCGGGCGACGUCUGGACCGGCAACGGUCUCGACACCUACAAGCCGCAGAUGAUGGUCAACGUCCCCUGGUCCGGCGAGUACCCCUGGGGCCAGAAGGGCGGCGUCAAAGCCACCAUGCCCAACGGCGAUACCUUUAGCGUCUACAUCAACAAGGACAUCCGCGACCCCAACGCGGCCGGCGACGCCUUCCACACCUACGAACAGGACAAGCCCCUCAAGUGCUACUCGUACCACUGGGACGGCCUGUACCAGCUCGACGACGGCAAGUGGUGCUCCAGCGCCUACGUGUGCAACCACCGCGGAAAGGCCUACAUCAAGCCCGGCGGACAGCCCGCGCCUCCCAGCGGCGAGGACACCCAGCGCAUCACCGCGUCCACCAACUCGGACUGGGUGGAUCUGUACGCGCAGACCGCCAAGAACGUCAUCGCCACGGUCAACGACCGGUUCAAGCACGACAGCUACAACUGCGACAACUCGGCCGUCAGCAUCGGCUCGGGCUGCACCAUUACCUGGAAGUGCCACGGCGACGCGGGCAUGAGGUCCAUCGAGCGCAUGUCGGCCGCCUUCGCCUCCAUCGCCGCCGAGCCCAAGUUUUCCGAGACCUACACCAAGACCUCCGAGAUCUGCCGCAAGUGGGACUCGCGACCCGGCAACGAGGGCCAGUGCCUCGCCUGGGAGACCAAGACCGACAACUACGUCCGCGUGCCCGGCUCCCUCGACAUGGUCAUGGACAACGUGCCUCCCGCGGGCUCCGGCCGCAACCCUUCCGUCCACGGCGGCAUGUCGUACGAGAUCAAGUGCUCCAAGUCCAGCUUGGCCUGCAAAGCCUGCAACAUUAUUGGUUACGCCCUUUCGGUUCCCUCUGCCCUCGCUGGUGCUGCUGUGUCGAUCUCUUGCACUGUUUCCCCCUUUUGCUAA